CUGACGGAGGGAGGCCACGCUGCUCCACUAGACUCCUCCUGGAAGUACAACAAGUUCGCUUCUGGUGGGAUCGCGCGGCGUGGACGCAUGGCUCAGUCACGGCGGAGAACCAGGACGAUGCUUCUUCUGACUUUGUUUGACUUUUAAAAAGAGAGUGGGAGACAUCGAGAGGAACUUGAGGGAGACUUGUGGUGAGUGGCCCCGGAACUGUUGGACUCUCCCGUGCCAUGGGACGCGUGUGGGGCUGCUGUCUGCUCUCGGUUCUCUCGCGGUUCCUCCUCCUCCGCGGGUGUGACGGGAACAUCACGGUGGCGGUGAUGCUGCCGGACAAUCACCACAAGUAUCCGUGGGCUCUUCCGCGCGUCUUCCCCGCCAUCGCCAUGGCGCACGAAGAUCUCCACGCCAAGCACAGACUUCUGAUCGGCCGCUCCAUCAAUAUCCUCAACUUCAGCACCGAGGACCCGCUGGCUGGCUCCUGCGCGGUGAGCCGAGCGCAGGUGGUGGCCGUGGACGCGAAGCUCUACAUCCGCCCGGACGCCUUCUUCGGCCCCGGCUGCGUGUACCCGCUCGCCUCCGUGGGUCGGUUCGCGUCCCACUGGAAACUCCCUCUGAUCACGGCCGGAGGACCAGCGUACGGGUUCGAUAAACGCGACGAGUAUCGGACCAUCGUGCGCAGCGGACCGUCCACCACCAAACUAGGAGACUUCGCCAACGUCCUGCACACGCACUUCAACUGGACCUCCCGGGCCGUGGUCAUCUUCCACGACUUGCGCCAGGACGACCGGCCGCACUACUUCCUGUCGGAGGGGAUCUACCUGAAGCUGAAGGAGGAGAUGAACAUCACCGUGGAGGCGCAGCCCUAUGAAGACGACUUCAAAUACUACAAAGAGCUCAUCACCUUUAUGAAGGAGCGAGGGAGAAUUGUGUACAUCUGUGGCCCGCUGGACACCUUCCUGAACAUCAUGAAACUCUUCCAAAGUGAUAUCCAAGACCCCGAGAACUAUGCCAUUUUUUAUCUGGACGUCUUCGCCGAGAGCCUGACGGAGUCCAAGCCGUGGCAGAACACUGCUUCAGACUGGGACGACCUCAUUAAGGUUUUCAAGUCUGUCUUCAUCAUAACGUAUCGGCCUCCUGACAAUCCAGAAUACAAAGACUUCCAGAGGAGACUCCAUGCUAGAGCUCAGAGGGAUUUCGGUGUGCACUUGGAACCUUCAUUGAUGGAUUACAUCGCUGGCAGUUUCUAUGACGGCUUUGUGUUAUACGCAAGAGCCUUGGAGGAGACACUGGCGGAGGGCGGCGCUCAGAACGAUGGCAUCAACAUCACCAUGAGGACGCAGAACCGUCAGUUUUGGGGGGUGACUGGUCUUGUUAAAACUGAUCACAAAAAUGCAAGAGAUAUAGACAUCAACUUGUGGGCCAUGACCAAUCAGACCACCGGAGAGUAUGGGCUGGUGGCACACUACAAUGGAACCACCAAAGAGAUCAUCUGGUCCCAGACUGAGCGAAUUCACUGGCCCACUGGUGGUCCACCCCUUGAUAACCCGCCGUGUGUGUUCUCCACAGACGACCCCUCCUGCAACGAUGGUCAUCUGACCGUUCUGGGUAUUGUGGCGGUGGGUUCUGGCUUGGCGCUCAUCAUUUUUGGAAUCUCCAGCUUCCUCAUUUACAGGAAACUGAAGCUGGAGAAGGAGCUGGCUGGAAUGUUAUGGAGGAUUCGUUGGGAGGACCUACAAUUUGAGAGCCCCAAUAAAUAUAACAAGCUAGUGGGAAGUCGCCUCACCCUCUCACAGCGAGGCUCCAGCUACGGCUCCUUGAUAACAGCCCAUGGAAAAUAUCAGUUAUUUGCAAAAACGGGCUAUUUUAAGGGGAACUUGGUUGCAAUUAAACAUGUCAACAAGAAAAGGAUUGAGCUCACCAGACAGAUGCUCCUCGAACUCAAACACAUGCGGGACAUCCAGUUCAACCAUUUGACCCGGUUCAUCGGGGCUUGCAUCGACGCGCCGAACAUCUGCAUCAUCACAGAGUACUGCCCGAGAGGCAGUCUGCAGGAUAUUUUAGAGAACGAGAGCAUCAAUCUGGACUGGAUGUUCCGCUACUCCCUCAUCAACGACAUUGUGAAGGGAAUGAACUAUCUGCACAACAGCUACUUCAGCUGCCAUGGAAAUCUGAAGUCAUCUAACUGUGUGGUGGACAGUCGAUUUGUUUUGAAAAUCACAGAUUAUGGCUUGACCAGCUUUCGCUCGUCCUGCGAGAACGACGAGUCGCACGCUCUUUAUGCAACUUGUCGUCACCUAGAGAAGCUCUGGACCCCUCCUGAGCUGCUGAUAUACGAUCGGCAUCCGCCUCAGGGGACACAGAAGGGGGACGUGUACAGCUUUGGCAUCAUUCUGCAGGAAAUAGCGCUGAGGAAUGGGCCCUUUUAUGUGGAGGGCAUGGAUCUGAGCCCAAAAGAGAUUGUUCAGAAGGUGAGAAACGGUCAGAAGCCAUACUUUCGCCCAACAACGGACAACCGGUGUCACUCUGAAGAACUGACCAUUCUGAUGGAGGGCUGCUGGGCAGAAGACCCGGCAGAGCGCCCAGACUUCGGCCACAUCAAAAUCUAUAUGGCAAAGCUUAACAAGGAGGGCAGCACCAGCAUUCUGAACAACCUGCUGUCCAGAAUGGAGCAGUACGCCAACAACCUGGAGAACCUGGUGGAGGAGCGCACACAAGCGUACCUGGAAGAGAAAAGAAAGGCCGAGAAUCUCCUCUAUCAAAUCCUGCCGCACUCAGUAGCAGAGCAGCUCAAGCGAGAGGAGACCGUUCAGGCUGAAGCCUUUGACAGCGUCACCAUUUACUUCAGUGACAUUGUGGGCUUCACCUCCAUGUCUGCAGAGAGCACGCCGCUCCAGGUCGUCACCUUGCUCAACGACCUGUACACAUGCUUUGAUGCCAUCAUCGACAACUUUGACGUCUACAAGGUGGAGACCAUCGGCGAUGCCUACAUGGUGGUGUCUGGUUUGCCCGUGCGGAAUGGCAAGCUUCAUGCCAGGGAGAUCGCCGGGAUGUCGCUGGCUUUGUUAGAACAGGUUAAAACUUUCAAGAUUCGGCACAGACCCAACGACCAGCUGAGACUCAGGAUAGGAAUACACACUGGACCAGUGUGUGCUGGUGUGGUCGGUCUCAAGAUGCCCAGGUAUUGUCUGUUCGGCGACACAGUCAAUACAGCGUCUCGCAUGGAGUCAAACGGAGAAGCCCUGAAGAUCCAUGUUUCCUCUGCCACCAAAGAAGUUCUGGAUGAGUUCGGAUACUUUGAUCUGCAGUUACGAGGCGAUAUAGAAAUGAAGGGCAAAGGCAAAAUGACAACGUACUGGCUUCUGGGAGAGAAGACUGAUGUGUACGUCAUCUGAGCUGAUGACAGCAGCAGACGCUCCCACAUCUUUAUUUGUUCUAGAAUAAAUCCUUCUGUGUCGACCAAACGCAAAAACAAUCCCGGGUAUAUUUGCUACCUGAAUACUGUAAUGAGUUGUUUUUUAUUGUAUGUUUUAAGAGUGAUUUUUUUUUUCUUUUGGUCCUUUCUAUAUUCAGAUUUGGAUGUGUUCAAUGAUGUCUUGAUAUAUUCUAGGAACUUCCAGUGAAGGCAAAUGAUGUCACUGUAGACGUGUCAAAUGUAUAUAUGUAUAUCCAGGAUACUGUAAGA